CCGUACCCGCCGCCAGCUGCAGUGAGAGUGAGACCAGAACCAGGAUGCUUCGGGACUUGGUUCUGCCCGCGCUGAUCGCGCUCGUUCACGGACACCCGCUGUCCGGCUCGGUCCAGAACCCGUCGCCUCUGGUCGGGUCCAACUGGGGGAACCCGAGAAGAUACAUCCACCUGCAGACUUCCACCGAGCUGCACAACUUCUACCUGGAGAUCCGGCUGGAUGGAAGCGUCCGCAGGGGAAGCAGCCGCAGCUCCUACAGUGUGUUGGUCCUGAAGGCGGAGAGCCGGGACCGCAUGGCCAUAUUCGGGGUGAAGAGCAGUCGCUUCCUCUGCCUGGACCUGGAGGGGAACCCGUUCACGUCGCCCACCUGCCUGAGAGACGACUGCCUCUUCAACCACAAGCUUCUGGAGAACAACCGGGACGUCUUCUACUCCAGCAGGACCGGCAUCCUCUUCAACCUGGAGGGCUCCCGGCAGGUCUUCCUGGUGGGUCAGAACCUGCCCGCCACCGCACUCUUCCUCCCCAAGAAGAACACGGUGCCACUGGAGCGCCUCCUGCUGCACCGUGAGAAGAGGAACCAGGUGGUGGACCCGUCCGACCCGCACCGGGUUUACCUGGGUCAGACCGAGGACGGCUCGGACUCACAGGCCGUGCCCGAGGACGACGCCGACCUGGACCUGGAGACGGAGCCGGGGGACGUGGAGCGGAAUGUGUCCCGCGAGACUGUGGCGGAGCCCGACCCGCAGGACCCCUGGAGCGCCCACUCGGCCCAUCUGGCGAGCCCCCGCAGCGCCGGCACUGUGGGCUGACCUGCUGACCCUGCAGUCACAUGGACAGUCCUUAUUAGCACUGUGGCGUUAGCCGACUGAAGUAGCGUGUGAGAGCACUAGUUUAGCGCCACAUCCACACACGUUAGAACUCGUAGCUACCCUGUUAACAUUUACACACACAUUUAAAGGCUCAAUAACGUCACACGCGUCGCCUUGUUAGCAUAUGCGUUGCGCAGCAUGUUUCUGUUUCCCUGAGCAAAUCACCAGCACUCUCGUGUUAGCAUGAGCUCGCGCUACCUGGCUAGCAUGUGCCUCUUCCCUUUUUUGAUCCAAAAGCAGCGCCUCACAUGACUCGGUCCAUGUUAGCUCAGUGGCUAGAACUGAGUGUAAAAGUUAGCAUCAAACGUGAUGAACCAUGGUCCUACAGUGUUAGCUUACAGCUUCACCUGGUGAUUCUUCUGCAUUAGCUGUGGCCGCUACAUUGCUAGCCAGUCGCUCAGCGAUUCAACAGGUGCCUUUCGUUCUUUGCUAGCUGCAGCUGCCUGAGGCUAAUUAGCGCCAUUAGCUUAUGACCUGCUAAUCACAACAAGAAUGAGUGUACAAAUCAUAUCGCAGUAGUUUUAAGAGUUUUAUACUUUUUAUUGUUGUAAUCUUGUUUCUGUGUUUUUAGGGAAAUGGUUCAGGAAAGACGGACUUUUAUUCUCGUCUCGUGGCUCAGUAAAAUGCUGUUUUGUGUUGUUCAAACGUUGUUGUUUCCAAAUAUCAAAGACCUGUCUUCCCUCGUUCAGUUCCCAGCCGGUCUGAGGAACAGAACACGAGUCCAGUCCGGAUCAGGUGCUGGUCCCGGUGGUCGCCGCCAGCCAAAGCCCGACACCAUUCCAGCACUAUUUAUUUAUUUAAAUCCCGCCCACGACUUUUAUUUAUGAUAUUUAUGAAGAGGUGGAGCCGCGGAUGUGAAGUGGAAAUAA